GAGGCAGCAGCUUCAGGCGCCCCAGUGCGCAAGCGCGCGCGCCUAAUGCGCAGGCGCCGCCUAGAAGUGACUUCUCCAAAAAGUGUCUUAGUUCUCGGUCACCUGAGCUCGGGGGUGACUCGGCUGCGGUAGGCUUCGCAGCUACCCGCCCUCCGCGGGUCCUGCCUGGUGACCCCUCCCUCUUCUCCUGCCCAUCGCUCCACCACCCCAAACCCUCCAAGGGCCUGUCCUUUCCGUUCUGCCUUUUCCCAGUCGCGGGUCGGACCGGGCCGAGCCGGGCAGCCUGGGCGCGGUCUCCGACCAUGGCGUCUCUCUUCAAGAAGAAAACCGUGGAUGAUGUAAUAAAGGAACAGAAUCGAGAAUUACGAGGUACGCAGAGGGCUAUAAUCAGAGAUCGAGCAGCUUUAGAGAAACAAGAAAAACAGCUGGAAUUAGAAAUUAAGAAAAUGGCUAAGAUUGGUAAUAAAGAAGCUUGCAGAGUUUUAGCGAAACAGCUUGUACAUCUACGGAAACAGAAAACAAGAACUUUUGCUGUAAGUUCUAAAGUCACUUCUAUGUCCACACAAACAAAAGUUAUGAAUUCCCAGAUGAAGAUGGCAGGAGCAAUGUCUACUACAGCAAAAACAAUGCAAGCAGUUAACAAGAAGAUGGAUCCACAAAAAACAUUACAAACAAUGCAGAACUUCCAGAAGGAGAACAUGAAAAUGGAAAUGACUGAAGAAAUGAUCAAUGACACACUUGAUGACAUCUUUGAUGGCUCUGAUGAUGAAGAAGAAAGCCAAGAUAUUGUGAAUCAAGUUCUUGAUGAAAUCGGAAUUGAAAUCUCUGGAAAGAUGGCCAAAGCUCCAUCAGCUGCUCGAAGCUUACCAUCUGCCUCUACUUCAAAGGCUACGAUCUCCGAUGAAGAGAUUGAACGGCAACUCAAAGCUUUAGGAGUAGAUUAGUCAGAAAAACCAUGAUAUUUUGCUUACUUACAAUGAUUUAGUAUAAAUCAGGCACAGUGCAGAUUCCUUUUACAAAACACAUUUAUUUGCAAAAAUGAAGACCACGAGCAAACAGUUGUUUCCUAACCUAUGGCUAUUUUGAAUCUUUUACCAAAGAAUGACAAGGAUGCAAAAAUGGGAACAGUUGGAUUUUAAUGAGAACUAUUUAGGAGCGAGGAUGUAUAAAAAGUUGACUUCUUUUUUGCAUGGCCUAGAGAAAUUAUAUUCAUUACGUAGUGUUUACGUUCUAUGUGUUUUUACACGGAAUACAAAAAAUCUUGUUAAAUGCCACUAGGCACCAACUAAAGAGACUUGUAAAAAAUAUUAAAAAUAUAUCAUUAAUUCUGUA